ACCCAGCAGGGGCCAGCCAAGGACCAGCCAAGGUCCCAUCAUGGAAACAUGAUCUGUAUCUGUAUGUGAGCAGCUUGUCACUGGCUCUUCGGGGGAGCGUGUGCAGAUAUUGCCGAUGAAAGAAGAAUCAUGCAGUGGGAGAUUAAGGGGUGACGACCCUCCAUAUCCAAAUCGGAUCUCCCGCGUGGUGGUGGGGCUCAUUCAGAUGCUGCGUGGAGCGGGGCUAAGAUUCUACGGCGCGCCACUGAAUCCACGUCCAUUUCCGUUUUGACAGCUUCCGCGUUUGAUACGAAGCUGUGUCCUGAUGGAGAGAGCAGACUCCCCUGUACCCAGCUGUGUUUCCCUGAAGAGUGACUGGUCAAUGGAUCGACCAAUCAGAUUCAGAGAGGGACCUUUUCCUACAGAUCAAAGUGUCCUGAUGGAGAGAGCAGACUCCCCUGUACCCAGCUGUGUUUCCCUGAAGAGUGACUGGUCAAUGGAUCGACCAAUCAGAUUCAGAGAGGGACCUUUUCCUACAGAUCAAAGUGUCCUGAUGGAGAGAGCAGACUCCCCUGUACCCAGCUGUGUUUCCCUGAAGAGUGACUGGUCAAUGGAUCGACCAAUCAGAUUCAGAGAGGGACCUUUUCCUACAGAUCAAAGUGUCCUGAUGGAGAGAGCAGACUCCCCUGUACCCAGCUGUGUUUCCCUGAAGAGUGACUGGUCAAUGGAUCGACCAAUCAGAUUCAGAGAGGGACCUUUUCCUACAGAUCAAAGUGUCCUGAGGGAGAGAGCAGACUCCCCUGUACCCAGCUGUGUUUCCCUGAAGAGUGACUGGUCAAUGGAUCGACCAAUCAGAUUCAGAGAGGGACCUUUUCCUACAGAUCAAAGUGUCCUGAUGGAGAGAGCAGACUCCCCUGUACCCAGCUGUGUUUCCCUGAAGAGUGACUGGUCAAUGGAUCGACCAAUCAGAUUCAGAGAGGGACCUUUUCCUACAGAUCAAAGUGUCCUGAUGGAGAGAGCAGACUCCCCUGUACCCAGCUGUGUUUCCCUGAAGAGUGACUGGUCAAUGGAUCGACCAAUCAGAUUCAGAGAGGGACCUUUUCCUACUGAUCAAAGUGUCCUGAUGGAGAGAGCAGACUCCCCUGUACCCAGCUGUGUUUCCCUGAAGAGUGACUGGUCAAUGGAUCGACCAAUCAGAUUCAGAGAGGGACCUUUUCCUACUGAUCAAAGUGUCCUGAUGGAGAGAGCAGACUCCCCUGUACCCAGCUGUGUUUCCCUGAAGAGUGACUGGUCAAUGGAUCGACCAAUCAGAUUCAGAGAGGGACCUUUUCCUACUGAUCAAAGAGACCAAAUCCAAGAAUGCAGUUCAGAUCUACAUGAUAAAUCGGGUUUAUCAUCCAUAUUGAAGUCACUAGAGGAAAAAGCCAUGAAGUUCCUAAAGGAGGAACUGAAGACGUUUGUGAGGUACCUAGAUCAGAAUUACCCAGAAUGCUCUGAGCCUCAGCUGGAGGAGGACAAUGACCUGGACUGUGAUGGUCACAUGAAGACCAGUGUUAGAGAGGUAGCUCUGAAGAUCACACUGUACAUCCUGAGGAUCAUGAAGCAAAAUGAUCUUGCUGACAUGCUGGAGAAGAGACAGCUCAUGCUGCAACAUCAGCAGGAAAUGAAGUGUAAGCUUAAGAAGCAAUUUGAGUGUGUAUGUGAAGGGAAAGCUAAGGAAGGACAGCCAACACUUCUCAGUGAGAUUUACACAGAACUCUACAUAACUGAAGGUGGGACUGGAGCAGUGAAUGAUGAACAUGAAGUGAGACAGAUUGAAACAGCAUCCAAGAAAAGGCGAACAGAAGAUACUACAGUCAAGUGCAAAGAUAUAUUUAAACCCUUAUGUGGGCGUGAGACACCUAUCAGAACUGUACUCACUAAAGGGGUGGCAGGUAUCGGGAAAACAGUCUCUGUGCAGAAAUUCAUUCUCGACUGGGCAGAAGGAAAAGCAAACCAGGAUGUUCACUUCAUAUUUGCUCUUCCUUUCCGGGACCUGAAUUUGAUUAAGGGUGAAUACAGUCUGAUUGAGCUGCUUCACCACUUUGUCCCAGAACUGAAAUCAUUUCAAUCCACUGAGCUGUUUAGGUACAAAGUCUUGUUCAUCUUUGAUGGCCUGGAUGAGUGUCGCCUUCCUCUGGAUUUUCAGAACAAUGAGAGCUGGUUUGAUGUAACAAAGAAAACGUCACUGGAUGGACUGUUGACUAACCUCAUUAAGGGGAAUUUGCUCCCAUCCGCUCUCCUCUGGAUAACCUCCCGGCCAGCAGCAGCCAAUCAGAUACCUCCUGAGUGUGUCCACCAGGUGACAGAGAUACGGGGGUUCAGUGAUGCCCAGAAGGAGGAGUAUUUCAGGAAGAGAUUCAGUGAUCAGAGCCUGGCCAGCAGGAUUAUCACACAUGUGAAAUCAUCAAGGAGCCUCUUCAUCAUGUGCCAUAUACCUGUGUUCUGCUGGAUUUCAGCCACUGUGCUUAAGAGGUUUUUUAGUGAGACUGACAGGGGAGAAAUUCCAAGGACUCUGACUGAAAUGUACACACACUUCCUGAUCUUUCAGACAAGUUUGAAAAAUGACAAGUAUAUGAAAAACCAUGAAACUAAGCUUAAGGAAUACAGCAAGGAAUUCCUUUUAAAACUUGGUAAACUGGCUUAUGACAACCUUGAGAAAGGGAAUCUCAUAUUUUAUGAGCAAGAUCUGACAGAGAAUGGCAUUGAUGUCACUGAAACUUCAGUUUACUCUGGAGUGUGCACAGAAUUCUUUAAAGAGCAGUAUGGGUUGUACCAGGAGAAGGUGUACUGCUUUGUGCAUCUGAGCAUCCAGGAGUAUCUCGCUGCUUUAUAUGUGUUUCUGUCAAACUCAUCAGCUGACCUGCUGAAGACUGCAGUGGAUCAGGCAUUAAAGAGCAAGAACGGACACUUGGACCUCUACCUCCGCUUCCUCCUGGGCCUCUCAACAAACUCCAGUAAGACUCUGUUACAAAGGCUACUGGGGCUGACAAGAAUCAGCUCACAUACCAUUAAGGAAACAGCCCAAUACAUCAAGGAGAAAAUACAGGAGAAUUUAUCUCCAGAAAGGACCAUCAACCUGUUCCACUGUCUUACUGAACUGGGUGACAAGUCCCUAGUAGAGGAAGUACAAAGAUACCUGAAUUCAGGAAACAUUUCAGCAGAUCACCUCUCACCUGCACAGUACUCAGCUCUGGCCUUUGUGAUGCUGAUGUCAGAUGAGGAGCUGGAUGUGUUUGACCUGAAGAAAUACAUCAGAUCAGAUAAACAGCACUGCAGGCUGCUGCCUGUGGUCAAGAACUCCAGGACGGCUCUGCUGAAUGGCUGUAACCUCAUAGAUAAACACUGUGAAGUGCUGUCUUCAGCUCUAAGAUCAAAUUCUUCCCCCCUGAGAGAGCUGGACCUGAGUGACAAUAACCUGAAGGAUUCAGUAGUGAAGCUGCUCUCUGCUGCACUGGGGGAUUUACACUGUAAACUGGAUAUAUUGGGGCUGUCAGGCUGUAGAGUCACAGAAGAAGGCUGUUCUUCCCUGGCUUCAGCUCUGAGGUCAAACCCCUCACACCUGAGAGAGCUGGAUCUGAGCUACAAUCACCCAGGAGACUCAGGAGUGAAGCUGCUCUCUGCUGUACUGGAGGAUCCCAGCUGUAAACUGGAGAAGCUGAAGGUGGGCCGGUGUGAACUCACAGAGAAAUGCUGUGAGGCACUGGCUUCAGCUCUCAGAUCAAACUCCUCACCCCUGAGAGAGCUGGACCUGAGUGACAAUGACCUGCAGGACUCAGGAGUGAAGCUGCUCUCUGCUCGACUGGGGGAUUCGCACUGUAAACUGGAGAUACUGAGGCUGUCAGGCUGUAGAGUCACAGGAGAAGGCUGUUCUUCCCUGGCUUCAGCUCUGAGGUUAAACCCCUCACACCUGAGAGAGCUGGAUCUGAGCUACAAUCACCCAGGAGACUCAGGAGUGAAGCUGCUCUCUGCUGUACUGGAGGAUCCCAGCUGUAAACUGGAGAAGCUGCAGGUGGGCCGUUGUGAACUCACAGAGAAAUGCUGUGAGGCACUGGCUUCAGCUCUCAGAUCAAACUCCUCACCCCUGAGAGAGCUGGACCUGAGUGACAAUGACCUGCAGGACUCAGGAGUGAAGCUGCUCUCUGCUGGACUGGGGGAUUUACACUGCAAACUGGAGAUACUGAGGCUGUCAGGAUGUAGAGUCACAGAAGAAGGCUGUUCUUCCCUGGCUUCAGCUCUGAAGUUAAACCCCUCACACCUGAGAGAGCUGGAUCUGAGCUACAAUCACCCUGGAGACUCAGGAGUGAAGCUGCUCUCUGCUCUACUGGAGGAUCCCAGCUGUAAACUGGAGAAGCUGCAGCUGUCAGGCUGUAGAGUCACAGAAGAAGGCUGUUCUUCCCUGGCUUCAACUCUGAGGUCAAACCCCUCACACCUGAGAGAGCUGGACCUGAGCUACAAUCACCCAGGAGACUCAGGAGUGAAGCUGCUCUCUGCUGUACUGGAGGAUCUCAGCUGUAAACUGGAGAAGCUGCAGGUGGGCCGGUGUGAACUCACAGAGAAAUGCUGUGAGGCACUGGCUUCAGCUCUCAGAUCAAACUCCUCACCCCUGAGAGAGCUGGACCUGAGUGACAAUGACCUGCAGGACUCAGGAGUGAAGCUGCUCUCUGCUGGACUGGGGGACUUACACUGUAAACUGGAGAUACUGAGGCUGUCAGGCUGUAGAGUCACAGAAGAAGGCUGUUCUUCCCUGGCUUCAGCUCUGAGGUCAAACCCCUCACACCUGAGAGAGCUGGAUCUGAGCUACAAUCACCAAGGAGACUCAGGAGUGAAGCUGCUCUCUGCUGUACUGGAGGAUCCCAGCUGUAAACUGGAGAAGCUGAAUGUGGAUCACGGAGGAGAGUGCAGGACCAGACCAGGCUUACAGAAAUACUCCUGCCAGCUGACGCUGGACCCCAACACAGCAAACAGAAGCCUGUCACUGUCAGGGGGGAACAGGAAGGUGACACAUGACUGGGGGGCAGAGCGGCAGCCAUAUCCUGAUCAUCCAGAGAGAUUUGACGGCUGGUGUCCCCAAGUUCUGUGCAGAGAGAGUCUGACUGGCCGCUGUUACUGGGAGGCUGAGUGGGAUGGACGUGCAGCCUGGAUAGGAGUGACUUAUAAAGGAAUUGGGAGGAAAGGAGGGAGGGACUGUGAGCUUGGAUACAAUGACAAGUCAUGGAGUCUGCGCUGUAAUACUGACAGUUACUCUGUCUGGCACAAUGAUAAACUGACUCUCAUACCCAUAAAGCCCUCAGGCUCCCGCAGAGUAGGAGUGUAUCUGGACUGGGGGGCUGGUGCUCUGUCCUUCUACAGAGUCUCCUCUGAUGGACUGACCCUCCUGCACAGAUUCACCUCCUCAUUCACUGAGUCCUUCUAUCCAGGAUUUUAUGUUUAUCCAAAAUCCUCAGUGUCACUGUGACGUGUUGCUGGUUCUCCUGGCAAAAAGGGUAAAAUCUCUGCUUUUUAACCUUUAUUAUCCUUUUUACUCUGAAAUGUACAGUACUGAGCAAAAGUCUGAGGCAGGCAAAGAAAAUGAUGUUUAGAUUAUCCUCCUGUUGGUGUAAAACUAUGAUAUGAUGCCUGUCAAAGUGUGUCAGCUUCGCCAUUUCAGAACCUCUGCUAAAAUCAUCCUAGUAUUUGCAGCGACCGUCCAGUGCAGCCAUGUAUGUUUUGACUUGGCCACUAACACACCUCAUACAGCUGGUCAAUCUGUCACUGACUUUUUAAACCAAUAUAUUUAAUUAUUUAAUUGAGCUUUUGGUGAAAUUUAACAAAAUCAUGGAACGGGUGAGGUACCCCUGAGGAGAAGUUUGGGAACUGAAGCGGUGUUCAUCUAGCCAUCCAACUAGAUAUCAGUAACUUUUUAGAAAAUAGAAGAAAUUAUUGCUAGUUUUUAUUGUUUUACUCUUAAUUUGCACACGUUCUAAUGUUAAAUUGUGUCUUUUAUUCUAAGCCAAAGUACAGUUGCUACCCAGAUAAACAGCUUUAAACAUUUCUUUGGACUGCCUAAGACUUUUGCACAGCACUGUAUAUUUGACAAAAAAAUAAAUACCUGUGUUCAGUGAGCUGAAUAAACAUGAAAUAUAUAGUUUUUUAUCUGACUAAAAUGUAAUUAAACGUAAUGCUGAUUGGGGGGGGGGGGGGGGCUUUCCCCCUCCGCUGUAUAUGUACAUUUUAUAUAUUUAUGUCCAUUUACUGUAUUUCCUCCCUGUACAAUGACAAUAAAGGCUUUCUGUUCUGUCCUA